AUGUCGAGCCCAUUCAAUACAUCCUCGCCGCGCGGCUCGCGCGCAUCCACACCCAUCAUCGUCAACGACUACGACUACGUCCCGCAAGAGUUCGACGACAUGCUCUAUCAGAUGCAGACCGACCGGGCGUGCAUGCCCUACAGCACGCCCUCGGACCAGCUGUUGCUGUCGCAGUCGGAGGCCGGCACGAUCGAGCUCAUGCUCGAGAGCGGCCGCUUUACCAACGCCCGGACCGUCAUCGAGACGCUAUUCGAGAGGAACGGUAUUCCCUCUCAUGGGAUUGCCCAGAUGCCGUAUCCCAUCGCGAACGAGGCGGAGCUCGGCGCGUCCCGAGCGAGCACGCCCAACCACAACACCAUUGUUCUGCCGGACGACGCCACAGUCGAUCAGCCGCCGCACUACGCCCGCGCACGCUCGCACUCCGUGACGCCGUCGCUGUAUAGCGAUGCGGACGCUUCCUCCCCGUCGACCAGCGGAAUCGCGACUCCGGCCGACAUCUUUUCGCGGCCGUUGGACGAGUAUGAGAUCGAGGAGGAGAUCGAGGAGGAGCAGGAGCGCGUCGUUGCCCCGGUUGUGGCAGGAUCCUCGGGGAGCCGCAAGCGCUCCCGUACCGUCGACGACGACGACGACCUCGACUUCGAGCCCCACAUCGCGCCAAAGCCGCAGCCGCGGAAGCGCACGCGCGUCGCCCGCCGCGCCGCCGCCGACAGCGACGCCGAGUUCUCCGACAGCGACUCGGACGCACGCCCUGCGCCCCGCAAGCCCAAACGCACCGGCGGGCGCGCUGCGCCGGUUAUCUGCCGCUGCCCGCACGACAAGUGCCAGAACGACGCGGGCUUCUCGUCCGUGCGCGUCUACGAGCGGCAUUAUCGCUCUGUGCACCUCGGUGUGGCGAAGGACGUGCAGUGCGGCGGGUGCGGCCUGACGUUCGAGAGCGGGCGCAAGGACAGCGUCCUGCGGCACCAGGGCAAGAAUAAUCAGCGCCAGUGCCUCGGGAAGCCCAUUCUCGUCGCCGACGAGAGCAGGCGGGUGCCCGUGCCGCGCGCUAUCAUGCUGUAG